UCUAACAAUAAUCAAAAUAUCAUAGAAUUGAAAACCCGGUAUUGUCUGUUGUCUCUCCCAAUUUGCUUUGCCGCCUUCGCCAACUUCUCUCCAUCUCACUGUGUAUUUCUCUCUCAACCGUCUUUCUGAGUUUGCGACACACAAACAAACACCCUUUGUCAACUUCGCUACUUCGCCGGACAUGCCACAAGAUUUACCAGGGUUGUAUUUCGACCCAGAUAAGAACAGAUACUUCCCAAUUAAGGGUCGUAUUCCUGGUUCUUCCAGUAAACCUAAACCACUUCCACCUCAAAACCCAGUUUCAUCACCUACCCAGGUGCCAAGCAAGCCUAAGAAGGAUACUAAAAUUUCUAAGCUGCUUCAAUGUAGGGAGUUGCAUGGUAAAAUUGUUGAAUUUAGUGAUCGGAAUGGUAGCUUUCAAGAGGAAUGCAAAAAGAAGUUGGCCUCUAAACCAAAGAUAUGGAAAUAUCAGGAUGUAGAGAAGGAUGCUGAUUCUUCUUUGGCCCUAAUGAACAUUACUGUUGAGACACCAGAGGGCCAAUGUGCUGCAAAUGCUUUACUAACAGGGGGUAUGAAUGGUUCCUUGAGUCUGUAUGAUGUUGGAGAUAUUGGACAACAUUUCAGUAACGGUUUCAACACUGCUGCAGAGUUUGUGUGGCCUGAGCAAGAUGACUCUGGCACAGACCAGUCACUUAAAGAUAUUUGGAAAUUCAAUGGAACCACAUUGGUUUUGCCAUCAAGUAUAUCUUCUAUAAGUAUACCCAGAAAAGAGUACUUUGGGGCAGAUAAAAACAGUUCAGUUCUGCAACGUGCGCUGAUUACAACAUUGGGGUCAGACAUAUCUGGUGGUGCACUUUAUACUCUAGAUCUUGCUAAUCCUGUGGUUUUAAGUUCAAAUGCUGCUGACAUUGGGAGAUUGCGCAAACAUGUUUCGCUCAAUUGUACUAUAUGGGGGGCAGAGAUCAGUCAAACUGGUCAUAAAGCUGUUGUUGGCACCAGCCUGGGAGCUACAUUGGUGGAUUUGGAGAGUGGAGCAUCAGAAACGUUAUGCCGUAGUAUGAGUGACGUGUUAUCAGUGCAAUUUAUUCAGUCGGGGAAUGUUGCUCUUUGUGGACUAAGAAAAGGAGCAAUAGUAACAGUUGAUGUCCGGCAACGGCAACGGCAUCUUGCUCGUCAUAGUUUUGUGCACCCGUCCGAUAAUUCAAAAAGACCUGGUCAGAAAACGACUAAAAAGUUUGUGCUUAGAGGAAAUAUACAACCUUCUUGUACAGUGUACAUGCCUUCGUCAAUAUGCUGUUUGGCGUCACUUCAAAUGUAUGAUCAAUACUUUUUGGCAAGCUCAAUGGAUGGAUCGAUAAAUCUAUAUGAUCAUCGACUGACUAAGCGAGGGCCUGUACAAUCUUAUGAAGGUCAUGUGAACUCCCACAGUCAUAUACAGCUAGCAACUGAUGCAAGUGAGAGGUUUCUUAUGUCAGGAGGCGAGGACUGCAAAGUGCGCAUAUGGAGUAUCAGAUCAGGUGAAAUGCUGUUCGAGGAGAAACUAUCGAGUUAUGUUCCGGUGGCAGCUUGCUGGCGAGGAAGCACAGAACCAAUUAGUAAGCAGCAGAGUUCAGAAGAAUUUCUGGGUGCACAAACUCACAGUUGGGAUGCAUGGCUGGGAUCAGCAGAAGGAUUGCUUCGUAUGCAAUUUCGCUUGUAGUCACCAAAUGCUUUUUGGCCCUGAAAACAGCCCAUGCUGGGUGAUCUUGUAAUGUUGGGGAAAUGCAAGUAUGUUGAGAGAAUUGGUUUUACUUGUUUGUAUCCCUCUUAUUUUAUGGUACAGAAUUUUGAUUUUCGACAUCAAAUUAUAUGGAUAACACUUCACACGA